CGUGCGGUCGCCGCCAUGAUGCCGGCCCUGGCCGCCCAGCGGCGGGGCUGCCGCGGCCUCUACCGCCUGUACCUGCGGUGCCAGGCAGCGCCGCUCCCCCGCGCCUGCCACGGAUGGCAAGCUUCAAUGAAAAGUGGGAGUCUGUCAUAUAUUCUACCAUGCAAUCGUCUGCCCGUGCAGUUGUUGAGUCAAGUGAGAGUUUAUACUUCCAAUGGUCAGAGAAAAGAUCUUGGAUCAGAAGAUACAAAUGGAUCAAUCCCUGAAGAAACCCUGCAUAAAGUUGGAACAGGACAAGAUACGACCAAUGCAGGUCAAAAGCAGUCCUUCCUUAAAGAGCCAAUCCAAGUAAAAGUGAAAGCAGUCCUUAAAAAAAGAGAGUAUGGACCAAAAUACACACAGAAUAACUUCAUCACUGGAGUCAGAGCAAUAAAUGAGUUUUGUCUUAAAUCCAGUGAUUUAGACCAGCUGAGGAAAAUUAAACGACGAAGCCCCCAUGAUGACACUGAGACUUUCACUGUGUACCUGAGAUCAGAUGUAGAGGCAAAGUCUCUUGAAGUUUGGGGUAGUCCAGAGGCUCUUGCUAGAGAAAGAAAACGACGUAAAGAGGCAGAGAUCAAGUACAGAGAAAAUCUAUUUAGAAACCAAAGGCUAUUGAGGGAAUACAAGGAGUUCUUUGGAAAUACUAAGCCACGCUCCAGUGCAGCAGCUAUGUUUUUCAAGGGACCAGGGAAGGUGGUAAUGGUAGCUAUUUGCAUAAACGGCUUGAAUUUUUUCUUUAAGCUACUUGCUUGGGUUUACACGGGUUCAGCAAGUAUGUUUUCAGAAGCCAUACAUUCUCUAGCAGACACAUGUAACCAGGCAUUGCUAGCUUUGGGCAUCAGUCAGUCUGCAAGGACGCCUGACCCUAGUCAUCCGUAUGGUUUCACAAACAUGCGCUAUAUUGCCUCCCUGAUUAGUGGGGUGGGCAUUUUCAUGAUGGGUGCAGGACUUUCUUGGUAUCAUGGGAUCAUAGGUUUACUCCACCCUCAUCCUAUAGAAUCUCUUCUCUGGGCAUACUGCAUUUUAGCAGGGUCAUUGGUAUCUGAAGGAGCUACCCUUCUUGUUGCUAUAAAUGAAAUUCGCAGGAGUGCUCGAGCCAAGGGUCUGUCAUUUUAUCAAUAUGUCGUGCAGAGUCGUGAUCCUAGUACAAAUGUGGUGUUACUGGAGGAUGCUGCAGCAGUUCUGAGUGUGGCCGUAGCUGCUACCUGUAUGGGUCUGACUUCUUUAACAGGAAACCCUUAUUAUGACAGUGUGGGGUCUCUAGGUGUUGGAACCUUGUUAGGAACUGUGUCAGCAUUUCUCAUCUACACGAACACUGAAGCCCUGCUGGGACGAUCCAUUCAACCUGAACAACUGCAGCGACUCACUGAGUUACUGGAAAGUGAUCCUGUAGUAAGAGCAAUUCAUGAUGUUAAAGCCACAGACAUGGGAAUGAGCAAAGUGAGAUUCAAGGCAGAAGUAGACUUUGAUGGACGGGUUGUUACUCGUUCUUACCUGGAAAAACAAGACAUUGAACAGCUGCUACAAGAAAUUCAACAAGUGAAAACGCUUGAGGAAUUAGAAGCCUUCAUGCUUAAGCAUGGUGAGAAUAUCAUUGACACACUGGGAGCUGAAGUAGACAGACUUGAGAAGGACCUAAAGCAAAGAAAUCCUGAUGUUCGUCAUGUGGAUUUGGAAAUACUAUAGACUUGGCAGAAGAGAUCUUCAGAUUGCUACCAUUUUGGAAUGAAGUAACGUAAAGGGCUGAAAAGCUUCUGAAAUUGCAGUGACCUCAGCACCAUACCUUGCUUACUUUUGCUGUAGGCUUCCUGAACUGUUAGCACUGCUUCUGUUUCUGAAGAACGUGAGACUCGCAGACAAAAAUUUCCAUGGCAAAAUGAAUUUUACAAAGCUGCUUGACUUAAAUUCCACAGGAGAGUCUGUCAGAGUAUAUUUAUUGCAAUUCAGGACUUAAGACUUGAGGUUUAGGUAGGCAAAUAUAGCUGCCUGAAAAUACACAACACACUUAGUUUUUCCAUUUGUGUCCCUUUGCAGUCAGUUUGCACUUCUUUAGUUUCUUUCAAGAUAUCAUUAAAGGUUCUUGGGAGAUAUUAAGAUUAGCUAGGAAGAGUUUGUUCCAGUGGAACCUGCUGACCUUAAACUAAUUGUAAUAUUUCAACUGUGUGAUUGUUUCACAGUUUUUCUUUUCUAUGAGAUAAAUUCUUUCAAAUAGGCACUGGCCUUCUCUCAAGUACCAUGACCUGGAAACAUGCUGUUUGCCACCGUUAUGAUUACCAACCGCACUUCAGAAAAAUAAGGUUUUUCUCCUCAGUGGAGUCAGCUGUAUGUGGUUAGCCAGAGUACGUUAAGUUACUGUGAAGAAAUUACUGUGUAGAGAUUUCAGUGAACUACUUCUGUUUAAAUUUUGUUGUUCUUAUUUGUAAAUAUCUUCAGAUGUAAUCUGGGAGAUAUUUAUGAUAGUGCUUAUUAAAAGUUACCUGGCAUUUUUGGCUUUUUAUACUUUUAAUAGGCUGUAUUGCUAGAUAUGGCCUUUGCUAGAAGGUGUAAGAGAUGUAGUUGGAAGUUACAAUACUAAAAAAUGUAUUAGAACUAUUUAUAAUUAAACAAAUGAAUACAUUGUAUUUUUAAUUUAUUUACCUCUAGACAUUAUCUGUUAUCUGAAUUCUAAACCACUUACUUUGUGUUUUUUAAGAAUUGACCUUGCUUGUUUGGGAAAGUAAAGUAAUUCUAUCAGUGGUCCUCAACAAUCCUGAGAUAAGUGCUUAGAGUUUGUAACUUUGAAAUGCGCAAUUCUAGCACUGUAUAUAAUUAGCCUCAAGGCUUUCUGCAGUAGGCACCCAAGUUGUAGUAGAUUCUUUGAGACCCAGUCUUUAUUAAUAAGGCUGCGAGUACUGAUCAUGCAAGUUGAAAUAUAAGUGAAAUAACUGCAUAUAAAUAACUCUGAGGAAAAUCCUUUAUACACUUCAACAUGUUUCAGUAAAAUGAGAAUUGCUUAUGGGUGAGAGGUGGUAAUAAGACCCUCCUAGUGACUCAGUUGCUGAGUAGUGAGUGACUUGCUGAAAGAAGAAAUGUUGUUAUGAAACACAAGUCUUCAAAAAUCAAUUUAAAAUGAAAUGAUAAGCAUUGCAGCAAAUAAUAAUUGUGGAGGGCAAUAUGUCCAGAUUUGACUAAAAGCUUUUUAGAAUGUUUUUUUCAUACUAAGUGUGACUUCCCAGUGAAUUAUGAGAAUUUAAAAAAGCAUGCCUUUUGACAACUGCAAAGCACUUCGUAUGCUGGUCAUUUUAAGUAGAAAAACAUUCCAGAGUUUAGUUACAGACGGGACUUCACAUACAGUAAUUGUGGGUGAAGGGAUCUCUUUAGUAUCCUUGUCCAUAAUCCCUAUUCACCGGUGGCUUCUUUAUAGCUUAUUAGCUUAUUAUGGCUAAUCCAAAAGAAGGCUUACUUUAUCUGGUUUUCUCCUAUUGUAGAACUAGUUAUUAUAUUUAAGUCUGAUGAUUUGAAAUGCAGUUUAAAGGUAGUUUGGAAGUGUACUGUAUCAAGUAAAUACGGCAUAUUUUAGCACAUUAUGUCAUUUACCUUUCUCCUUGCCCUUCCAUGUAAACUUAAUCUCAUCUCAGUAUGCACUCUGCUGAUGUUUGUCUUAUUCAUGAAGAGCACUGGAAUCUGAUAAUGCAUAACCUCUUUCCUUCUUCCUAGAAUAUUUACAUGGAUUUUGAAUUUGAAUAAACACUUUAAUAAACCCAUUAUUCUGGAAAUCUUAAAAACCUGAAGAGAAGUAAAACUGGGAAAAUGUUCUUACUGGGGAGGUUAGUGGAGACAGCCAAUGUGAUAAAAGUGCGUUGUAUCCUAGAGUUACCGAUGAAUGAGUAGUGUUAAUGUGCACUUUGCAG